GGGACAGCGAUUUACAGAGAGAGAGAAAAAAACAUUAUUGCAAAGUUUUAUUUGCAGUACGGGGAGGGGUGUGUCGUGUGCACAAAUUAAUCGGGAGCAAAACCAGGAGGCAAGCAGAGCGAGGAAUGUGAAGGAAAAAUCGGGGCACGGGGCGGGAGAAGGACUGAUUUUUUAUUUUUGCAUGUGAAAUAUAUAUUUUUUGCAAUGGCGAACCCUGCAGAGGAUUGCCUGGACGGCGACGUGAGGAAGUGCGGGAAUCUCCGCAAGUGCAAGAGCCUGCACCGCAGGUACUUCGUGCUGCGGGCGGCGAGCGAGCGCGGCGCGGCCCGGCUCGAGUACUACGAGAGCGAGAAGAAGUUCCGACGCGGGGGCGCGGGCCCGAAGCGCGCGCUGCCGCUUCACAGCUGCUUCAACGUUAACAAGCGCGCCGACUCCCGCAGCAAGUACCUGCUGGCCAUCUACACCCGCGACGAGUGCUUCUCCGUGGCGGCCGACAGCCCGCAGGAGCAGGACAGCUGGUACCAGGCCAUCGUCGAGCUGCUGGCCCCAGGUAAAGGCCACGUGGAGAAUGGAGACUCUAACUACUCGGUGGCACCCGGCCCAGCUUUCAAGGAGGUUUGGCAGGUCAACCUUCGCCCUCGGGGCCUGGGCCAGUCACGGAACAUGAGUGGCAUUUACAGGCUGUGCCUGACUGAGAAGACAAUCAACCUGGUGAAGCUCAACUCUGAUGCCGCGGCCGUGGUGCUGCAGCUGAUGAACAUCCGACGCUGUGGCCACUCGGACAACUUCUUCUUCGUGGAGGUGGGCCGCUCGGCCGUCACGGGGCCCGGUGAGUUCUGGAUGCAGGUGGACGACUCGGUGGUCGCCCAGAACAUGCACGAGACCAUCCUGGAAGCUAUGAAGGCCAUGAGCGAGGAGUUUCGGCUGAGAAGCAAGAGCCAGUCGUCCAGUUCCAACCCCAUAUCUGUGCCCACCCGGCGGUACCACCUGGCCAACUUGCCACCCAGCCAGGUGGGCUUCUCCACUAGGAGGAGCAACACCACCUCGCCAGCCCAGCGCAGCAACUCGGCCAGGGCACGGACCUCAAGUGACGGCAGUGGAGCCUCUUCUUCCUCCUCCUCCUCCCGCCCUGCGUCGGCUGAUGAAGUCCCUGCCAGCCUGUCCCCUGGUGCUGGGCUGGUCCCCAGCCGACAGGGGAUGAGCAAGGCCCACCCACCACUAGGCCAGACCAGGUCUACCCCUGACCCCUAUUCCCGGCGCUCUCCCUGUGCCGCAGGUCUGGUGUUCGGUUUGACUGCUGACCGCGGCCUCUCCUCCCCCUCUGCCUCCUCCUCCCCGCCGUCCUCGUCUGACGGCGAGGGGGAGCUAGGCUCCAGCCCUGCGUGCUUCCCACUGGAUGGCCCUCCCCGGGACUACGUGGCGCUGUGCAGGCCGGCUCCCGCUGAGGCAGGUGCCCUGCCGCGGCAGGUCCUAAGGCGAGCUUGCAGUCAGGGUGAGGAAGAGGUGGGGGAGCGUGGCCCGAGAAAGCAGGCCUUAGCAGGCAAGGGGAAUUGGCGAACCUCCAGAACACCUGAGCCAGCAGAGAGAGCUUGCAAGGAUGUUGUAGACAAUGGGUACAUGGCCAUGCUGCCCGGGGUGGUGCCUGCUCAGGGCCAGGGAGGAGAUUAUGUGGCCAUGAACCCAAAGGGUGCCUCGGCUCCUCAGCAGAUCCUGGGCCCCCAGCCUGACGACCGCUGUGGAGGGGGCUACAUGCUUAUGUCACCCAGUGGGAGCUGCUCCCCCGAGGACUGGUCCCGAGCGAUCGAUCACAAAUUGGGCUUGGGAGACGUAGGGGACUACAUGAACAUGUCACCCGGCAGCCGCUCGGCCUCCAGUACACCUCCGGAGAGCCCCCAUGCCCCAAUCCCUCCCCGUGUGGAGCAAGGCGAGCUACUGGACACCUCUCGCCAUGGCUUCCGCUCGCUGCCCCGCUCCUACAAGCAGCCUGCCCCCUGCAGCCAGCUCUCCUGCUCCUCUUCCUAUUCCACAGGUGGCAGUAGUGACAGCCUGGGGGAGGUGGAAGGGCGCCGCCUUUCCUCUGUGUCUGCAUCUGGCCAGCAGGCUCACAGACUGGGUAGGAAGGGUGGGUGCCGCCCGACUGGUCUCUCUAUUGACGUGGCCAAAGCAAAUACCUUGCCACGCCGGCGUGAAAGCCCAGAGCCUCAGAGUCCAGGGGAGUACGUCUGCAUUGAGUUCCGGGCUGAGACCCGCACCACCCGGGCUCUGCCCAGUCCUGGAUCCCGAGCUGGUGUUUUCCAGCACCUGCCGGCGGCAGCCUCCGAGUACGUCAAUGUGGAACCCAGCAAGGCACCGCGCGGGGAUCACACCGUCAGCCCUUCUCCCAAAAGCACCCUGGAGCCCGCUGGUGUGUCGGAACUGAGCCCCGACCGCCACCGAGGAGCCAGAGUGAUCCGUGCCAAUCCUCAGGGGAGGCGACGCCACUGCUCUGAGACCUUUUUGCCCACAUCUCCUGCCCCUCCUCCCCCUGUGCCCUCUGCCGACCACGCAAAGCGCUGUGGCUCGGCGUCCUUUGAGAAUGUUUGGCCAGUGGAAGAAUGCAGGGGUAGGAGUGCCGCCGAGGAGCCAUGCAUGGGAAUGUCACGUCACAUGUCGAUUGGCUUCGAGAAUGGCCUGAACUACAUAGAUCUGGAUCUGGGUACAGACAGCAGCCAGGCAGAACCAUCAACCGCACAGCAGAGGCUUUACGCACAAGUAAACAGCAGUCCUGUGUUGAAUGCUUAUGCCAGCAUUGACUUUCACAAGUCUGAGGAAUUACGAAGCCAUAAAAGUAACAAAGAAGAUUGCUGAUAAGAUAUCCUCCUUUGCCUUCUGAAGUAUUGAAGAAACACUUCACAAUCGACCACCUGCCAACCACUCAUCGUCUUAGGUUUUAUGACUGAGAAGGCAGUACCAGUCUUUUCAAGCUUACAGACAACUCACCUCAGAAGCAAAU